AUGCUCGAUAGACGGUCGCUCCCACCCCCGCGGCCUCGCCCCCUCGUCUUCCCUCCGCUGACGCGCGAUCCCACCCCCUAUCGACCCGUCGCCGCCGCAGUGGGGCGCAAGAAGAUCCGAAUCGAGCGCAUCGCGGACGAGAGGAACCGCCAGGUCACGUUCACGAAGCGAAAGAACGGCCUCAUGAAGAAGGCGAUGGAACUGAGCGUCUUGUGCGACUGCCAGAUCGCGCUCGUGAUUUUCAACAGCAACAACAAGCUGUUCCAGUACAGCAGCGGGGAUAUCAACCACGUCCUGACGCGGUUCAAGAACGACACCGUGGGGCCGCACGAGCGACGCAACAACAAAGACGUGCGUGAGCGCGCGAACGCCCGCGCGGGCGUUGACUUUUCGUCGUCGUUUUCUUUCGGUCCUUUUUCCGUCUUCACCGACGCGUUCUCUUCCCCUCUCGCGGUCGGAUUGCCCUCCCUCGCGACGCGUACACCCUCUAUAACGCAUCACAUCUAA